CCGCAGGUUGUAAGACCCAGGCCUGGCGGUGUCACUUGUCCCUGAGAGUCAUGAGCUGGCUCCGGGUUGCACGCCUCAAGCCGUUGGAGCUUCUACUGCCGCUGCUACCACUGCUGCUCGGGACGCGGCCCCAUGGCAGUCCAGGCCCACUGCAGUGCUACAGCGUUGGCCCCUUGGGAAUCCUGAACUGCUCUUGGGAACCUCUGGGCGACCUGGAGACUCCCCCUGUGCUGUAUCACCAGAGUCAGAAAUACCAUCCCAAUAGAACUAAGGAGGUGAAGGUGCCUUCCAGACAGAGCUGGGUGACCAUUCCCCGGAAACAGUUCACCACGGCUGACGAACUCCUCAUCUGGGGGACACAAGAAGGACAACUUCUCUGGCCCCCUGUCUCUGUGAACCUGGAGACCCAAAUGAAGCCAGACACCCCCCAGAUCUUCUCUGAUGUGGACUUUUUUAAGGAAGAAACCCUGGAGGCCAUUGUGCAGUGGGAACCACCGAAGUGGCCACUGCAUAAAGUCCUCAUCUGUCAGUUCCGGUACAAAAAAUGCCAGACUAAAGAGUGGACCCAGCUGGAGCCACAGCUGAAGACAGACCUGAUGACUCCUAUUGAGAUGCAGAACCUGGAACCUGGCACGGGCUACCAGGUAUCUGGCCGCUGCCAAGUGGAGAAUGGAUAUCCAUGGGGCGAGUGGAGCCCGGACCUGUCGUUCCCGACGCCAUUCUUGGCUCCUGAAGAUGUGUGGGUAUCGGGGACCAUCUGUGAAACAUCUGGCAAACCGGCAGCCCUGCUCUUCUGGAAGGACCCAGGACCCUGUGUGCAAGUGACUUACACAGUCUGGCUUGGGGUCGGAGAUGUUACUACAACCCAAGAAGAGGUCCCGUGCUGCAAGUCCCCUAUCCCUGCACAGAUAGAGUGGGCAGUGGUCUCUACUGGCAACCAGACCAGCUGGAUGCCUCUCACCAACCUGUCUUUGGUGUGCUUGGCUCCAGAAUCUGCCCCCUGUGAUGUGAGAGUCAGCAGUACUGACGGGAGCCCAGGGAUAAAGGUGACCUGGAAACAAGAAACUGGGAAACCAUGGGCAUACGUGGUAGACUGGGCUCAAGAUGGUGACAGCCUGGACAAGCUCAACUGGACCCGUCUCCCCCCGGAAAACCUCAGCACUUUGUUAUCAGGGGAUUUCCAAGCAGGGGUCCCCUAUCGAAUUACAGUGACUUCAGUAUACUCUGGAGGAUUGGCUGCUGCACCCUCAGUUUGGGGAUUCAUAAAGGAAUUAGCACCGCUUGCUGGACCAGCAGUUUGGCGACUCCCAGAUGACCCCACAGGGACACCUGUUGUAGCAUGGGGAGAGGUACCAAGGCACCAGCUCCGAGGCCAGGCUACUCACUACACCUUCUGCAGGCAGAGCCGAGGCAUCCCCACUAUCUGCAUGAAUGUGAGCAGUCAAACCAAGACUGUCACUCUGCCCAACCUUUACUCGGGUCCCUUCAAGCUGUGGGUGAUGGUGUCCACCGCUGCAGGACAGGGCCCACCUGGUCCCAGCCUUUCACUUCACAUACCAGAUAAUAGGAUCAGGUGGAAAUUUCUGCCCUGGGUUCUGUCCCUGUGGGGCUUGCUUCUGGUGGGCUGUGGCCUGAGCCUGGCCCCUCCCAGGUGCUUAUACCAGAGACACAAGUUGCUUCCCCAAUGGAUCUGGGAGAGAGUUCCUGACCCUGCCAACAGCAAUUCUGGGCAACCUUACAUAAAGGAGGUGAGCCUGCCCCAACCACCCAAAGACGGACCCAUCCUGGAGGUAGAGGAAAUGGAGCUACAGCCUGUUACAGAGUCCCCUAAAGCCUCUGUCCCACUUUACUCUGGGUAUGAGAAACACUUCCUGCCCACACCAGAGGAGCUGGGCCUUCUGAGGCCUCCAGCCCCCAGAGUUCUAGACUGUUCUGCUUCAGGCUAGGGGCUGUAUCCCUAUCUUGGGUUAGACAUUUUUAGUUUUAGUUUUUUGAGACUGGAUCUCACUAUGGCUGGCCUGAAACUCACAGAGACUCACCUGGUUCUGCCUCCCAAGGACUGAAAAGAAAGGAGUGUGCCACCAUGCCCCAACCAACUUUGUUUUUCUUGCCUCUGUGUCUUUGACAUCUGUUUGCUACUGCAGAAGAAUUAAUGUUCUCACAGCCACAACUCUUUUGUUGUUCUUUGCCUCAGUUCGUCAGAGGCUUGAUAGGUAGCCAAGGCUGGUCUCCAACUUGUGAUCCUCCUGUUGCAGCAUCCCCAAUGCUAGGAUUCCAGGUGUCUUAUCUCAUCCAGUCAUAACCUUUGAUUAUAAUAAGAACAACUUCCAAGCAGGCUAUGAGGAGGUGAUUCGGAAGACACGUUCAAGGGCCUGAACCGGUUAAGAGCCCUUGUUUUCUUGCAGUAGACCAAAGUUUGGUUCCCUGCCCUUGCAGAAGACCCAGGUUCAGUUAGCACCCACAGGGCAGCUCAGAAUCACCUGUGACUCCAGAUCUAGGGAAUCAAAUGCCCUCUUCUGGCUUCUGUGAGCCCUGAAUGCACACGGUUACUUACGCGCAGACAAAACACUCACACGCAUAAAAUAAAAAUAAAUAAAAGAUAAAUAAUAAAAUAAA